AUGUCUGAAAGCGAAAUGAGUGAUUCUGAAGAGUAUUUCGAUCAGAUAUCAAACGUCGCUGAAUAUGACUUCGAUCUAAGUAGCUUUGGAGAUGAAGACUAUGAAUGUGAAGAUGAUGUGGCCACUUCCUCUACCUCGGCUGCACAUUCUGACAGUGAUGACGAAAUGGAGAAUUUAGAUCGGAUGACAGGUGACUCUGAAUUUGACUCUGAUCUGAGUAGUUUUGAACUUGAAGACUAUGAAUGUGAAGAUGAUGUGGAGUCUUCAAGUCUAUACUCUUUCUCUAGUUCUGAAGAUGAAGACGAUGAGCCUGAACAUGAUGUGGCCACUCCCUCCACCUCGGCUGCACAUUCUGACAGUGAUGACGAAAUGGAAGAUGAGGACUACUGCGGGGUUCUCUCACUAGAAGAAUUUCAACCUUUUCCUUUUUAUUUUUGUGAGGUGCCUGGCCCAAAACAUAUGCCACCUCCCGAUUCUCCUCCGAUCGCAUAUUUCUAUUUUUUUUUCACUAGUACUUUGCUAUCUCUUAUGGUGGAGGAAACCAAUCGAUAUGCGCAGCAAGCGUUAAGUGGCAAGGGAAAUAACGUACCGUCCUAUUUGAAGAACUGGACCAAAGUCUCUGUUCCAGAGAUGAAAGGGUUUUUGGCGUGUAUUUUAAAUAUUAGUCGCACAAAAUCAUCAGAUUACGCUAUAUUCUGGUACACUUCUCCCAUCCAAUCCGAUUCGUGGUUUCGGAAAAUGUUUUCUAAACAGCGAUUUUGUCAGUUGCUAAGUUUCUUUCAUGUCGUCGAUGACAGCAAGUUGCCUGGAAUUGGAGAAUCGGGAUAUGAUCCGUGUGCCAAAUUCCAGCCUCUUUUGAAUUAUUUGAACAGAGUCUCCCAACACCAUUACACACCUCAUCAGGAAAUAUAUGUUGAUAAAAUUUGUAUGGGUUUGAAAUUCUGGAUGAUGAUCGACUCAGUAUCUAGCUACUGCUUGGGAAUUUUCGCUUUUGAACGGGCCGAGUCUCAGCAGGAAGAUCACAGCAUCUCAGAAUUAGAUUUAGGCUAUACUGUUGUGAAAAAACUGCUAGAGAUUGGUAUUUACCUGAACAAAGGGUACCAUUUUUUCAUCGACAGACAUUUUAUGUCGAUGCCCCUUGUUCGUUAUCUGUAUUCUCUACAGACUUAUGUCACCGGAACUGUUCGGGGGGACCAGGAAAUGCUGCCCCAACAGUUUAAGAAGAACUUCGCAGCCGGAGAAGCAUCGUAUUUCCGAUCUGGUCCCGUGUUAGCCUGCGGCUUUAAAGAGAAGCAGUCACAAAAGAAGCCUAUCUUUAUAUUAUCCAGCCACGCAAGGGCACGAGAUUUAAAAGUAAUUAGAAAUGGAACGGCUAAAUGGAAGCCAGAAAUAAUUCAAAAUUAUAACAAACUUAUGAGCGGGGUCGAUAUAUCCGAUAUGGUAUUAUAUGUAUGUUAUGAUAAAAGUAGGUCAAAGAAGUAUUGGAAGAAUUUAGCGUUCAACGUCAUAGCCAGGAUGACGUUGAAUAGCUACAUCCUUUACAAAGAAAAUUUUUCGGGACCAGGGAAAGUGAAAUCUCGAGACGCGUAUCACGUGGCCGUAAUCGAGAGCUUGGCGGAGGAGUGGAUAGCCACAAAGUUGAGUACGAACAACUCUCAAGAACCAGAGGCUGGAGAAACUUCUAGGAAGUAG